CGCGCGAAGGGUGAAGGGUCGCGGCGGCUCCGGGUCCGUGAUGGCUGCGGCGGCCUGAGGGGGUACCGGCACCGCGCCCGCACACCGACCAUGCAUAGCCUGGCCACGGCCGCGGGGCUUGGGCGAGGAAGAAAAGGGUAAGAGUAAGGAUGAUAAGGAAGACCCUCACAAGGUUCAGAGUAGACCCUCUUCUUCAAGUGACCUUAAAACACUCAUUCGUGAUACUUCCUGCAUGCCCACUCACCUCUUCUGCCCUCUGAGGAGCUGUUUUACUUCUGGUCUUCACUGCAGAGGGAAAGAGGAGCCUGUGCCAACAGCGCUGGCUCAGGUUGACCGCGAAAAGAUUUACCAAUGGAUCAAUGAGCUGUCCAGCCCUGAGACACGGGAGAACGCGCUGCUGGAGCUGAGCAAGAAGCGUGAGUCUGUGCCUGACCUCGCCCCGAUGCUGUGGCACUCGUUUGGCACCAUCGCAGCUCUCCUUCAGGAAAUUGUAAAUAUUUACCCAUCCAUCAACCCUCCAACUUUGACAGCCCAUCAGUCCAACAGAGUCUGCAAUGCUUUAGCUCUGCUACAGUGUGUUGCAUCACACCCUGAAACAAGGUCAGCUUUUCUGGCAGCUCAUAUCCCUCUCUUCCUGUACCCCUUCCUGCACACAGUCAGCAAGACACGUCCGUUUGAGUACCUGCGGCUCACAAGCCUCGGAGUGAUUGGCGCCUUAGUGAAAACUGACGAGCAAGAAGUGAUAAAUUUCUUAUUGACAACAGAAAUUAUCCCCCUGUGCUUACGCAUUAUGGAGUCUGGCAGUGAACUCUCCAAAACGGUUGCUACGUUUAUUCUUCAGAAAAUCCUCCUGGAUGACACAGGGCUGGCAUACAUCUGUCAGACUUAUGAGCGGUUUUCCCAUGUUGCCAUGAUACUGGGUAAAAUGGUCCUGCAGCUCUCCAAGGAGCCAUCGGCACGGCUGCUGAAACACGUUGUCCGCUGCUACCUUCGCCUUUCCGAUAACCCCAGAUGUAGGGCACGUGAAGCUCUCAGGCAGUGCCUUCCUGACCAGCUGAAGGACACCACCUUCGCCCAGGUCCUGAAGGAUGACACCACCACAAAGCGCUGGCUGGCUCAGCUCGUCAAGAACCUGCAAGAGGGUCAAGUCACUGACCCACGGGGCAUCCCUCUUCCUCCGCAAUGACUGCUGGGGGAGGUGGGGAACUGGGGAAGAAACAGCUCAGGUUUACAAAAAACGAGGAACAGGUGACCUCUUCUGCAACAAACUGGGCACGCCAGCUGGCUGCCAGCCUGUCGGACCAUCCCACCCAGCCAAAGGGCUGCUCUGUAGCAGCAAUGCCUCCGGGGAUCCCAACACCAGCAAAUGCUGAUACUACAGCUAAAAAAAAAAAAGGUCAAUAAGAACCAUCUGUAGAGAUCCCAGUCUCUCUGGGAGGCAUGGGUGGCAUCCCUGCCCCCACCUCCAGGCAGGGGGUAGUGCAGAUGUCCGCUCUUCCAGCAAGCUCAGCCUCCGCCCGAGUGGUGCACAACUCUGGGUGUGUGCGCCACAUCCCUCCAAUUCCUUGUCACUUCUUGUUUACACGUCUUGUUUAGAUGAGCGAACUGAAUAAAAGCCGAUCCAGUUAUUUUA